AUGCAGAACUCAGGCGUUGGUCCGAAUCAGCCGGCAUAUUAUCAACAAACUCAAAGUGGUGCUAUGAUGAUGGGUUAUCCACCAUCCACAACUGAUCAGCGUCAGCAACAGCAACAACAGCAGAUAAUAAAUAUGCACGGAGUAGCGACAGCUCAGAUAUAUAACAGUGGAAGUACAAGUAUGCAGAGUAUGACAGGAAGGCCGUAUUCUGCAGGAACUCCUCAAGAAUGCUCACCGGGAAUGCGACCAUCAUCACAGUCUCAAUCUAGUUAUCCGCUUGGAGUGCAAUCGCAAACGUCAAGUGAACAACAGCAACAACAGCAGCAGUUUCAAAAUCGACAGUCUUAUCAACCCCAGCAACAAUCACAAAGGCAGCAAUCACAACAGUCUACUCAAAGAGCAGCGGAUCAAGCGGGUGAAAAAUCAAAAAAAGAAGAAACGAAAACAGUUCGGCCAAUAAAUCCUCCACCAUAUUCUCCCGAGAUCCUGAAUGAUCUUUCGAAAUACUCAGUUGCUUCUUUGGCAUGUAUUGGUCGUGAACUGGUCCAGGAGUUACUGCUGAGGACCUAUACAUUGAUGACAAGUUUAACGAAAUCGGUAGAUCGUUGGCACCAGCAACAGGGUAUAAGCGAUCCGGAACAACUGCUUUCGUAUUGUGAAUAUAUUUUAUCCAAGAUCACGGAAAUAAGGCUACGAAUUGAUUAUGUGCCAAAAGUGGCAAAUAUCAGUGAGGAUGAAUUUAUUACAUUGAUGACCGAUCCUAGUCCUCCACAUAAACCACCUGAACUGGUGGCCAAAGAGGAGACAUUUGAAGUGCAACGGCUUAAGAUAGUGAAGCUGAAUACGGCGCUAAAAAAUCUGGAUUGGAUAUGUUUGGUUUCCGAUCCACGUUUUUUAAAGAAAGCAGAUAAGAGCUGA